ACGUCACGUAGUCUAGUGACGUCGGUUUAGGUUUUUCUUCCGUGUUUCAAUCAUGUUUCCCAUAAAAUAUUUUCAUGUAAAAUGGCAAAUAUCUUAGAAGGAAAAUUACUCGAAUCCUCGGCAGUAGGCGACCUCGAAGCGUUAGAAACCCUCCUGUCGCAAAACGUGAACGUAAAUUGCCGAAACGCGGUUAACGGAUGGACCCCUUUGCAUUGGGCCUGUAAACGAGGAAACGAGAAAAUCGCUCGCCUCUUGCUGCUUUAUGGGGCCGAUAAAACCAUAAGAAAUAUCAAAGGGGAAACCGCUGCAGAUGUUUGCCCUUAUUCCAAUAUAAAGGAACUGCUCGGUGUAUUGGUGGAUGGUGGUAAAAUUGAUCAGGUAGGGCCCCAGGAGAGUGUUAACUUUGUGCCGAAUUAUAUUAGGAAUGCCCCGUUAAAUGCCAAAGUCGAAUUGGGGUCUCUUAAGCCUGACCUGCUUAGUAUGCAAAAGACUGCUUUGCCUACAGCACAAAAUGAUGAUUUGGUCCUAAAAGUCCGCAUCAACGGAUCCCCCGACCCCGAUUUCAUAGAAAUAGAAAUCCCCCGGUGGAAGUUAACUUAUAGUGCCCUCUUAAAAAUCUGCUGUGAAGAACUGGAAGUGCCAGAAUCCCAAGUGGACAGAAUCAGAAAACUCCCCGACACACGUUUGAGAAAAGACAACGACAUUAAACGCCUCGUAGACUUCCAGGCUUUGGAAAUCGUUUUGAAAAGCAACAAUUCGGACAGGAGCAGCACCAAUUGUUACCAGAGCAUUAGUAGCUGUAAAAACCAAACUGUCCUUUAUUAA